AUGCCAAUAGAAGCUCCUAUAACUUCAAGUAUUAUGGUCCAUAGAGAUAGACUGCCACAUCUCAGAGACCCAAAUGAAAAAAUCAAUAUUUGGAAAGUUGUUAAAGAAUCUAUAGGACAGGAAUUAAGCAAAAUUACAGUUCCUGUAUAUUUUAACGAGCCUUUAAGCUUUAUCCAAAGAUGGGCUGAAGAUCUAACUUAUAAUGAAUUUUUAUUAAGAGCAGCAGACCAUCCAGAUCCUAGAUAUAGGCUUGCAUUAGUUUCAAGCUUUGCUAUAACUUCUUAUACUACAAGUGAAUGGCGUACUAAGGAUCCCCCCCUCAUUUGUCAAUUUUCUAGUUUUUUAUCAUUUGUCCAUUUUUCUAGUUUUUUUUAUAUGAAUAAAAAAUUUUUUUAGCACCUCAUUUGUCCAAUUUUCUAGUCAAAAUUUUGAUAGGAAAAAAUAUUUUUCAGGACCUCAAUUGUCUCAUUUUCUAGUAUUUUUAAAGUAAAAAAUUAAAAUUUAGGACAUUUGAAAAAAUCCAAAAAAGACUAGAAAAUGGGACAAAUCAUAUUUGACUAGAUUUUGGGACAAGUGAGGUCCUGAAUUUUUUUUUUAUCCUAUAAAAAAAAACUAGAAAAUCGGACAAAUGAGGGGGGGGCGAUCCUUAUGAAGCCUUUUAACCCUUUAUUAGGAGAAACAUUUGAAUUAGAGCAGGAUGGUUUUCGUAAAAAAUAAAAAUCAAUUAUUUUCUUAUUUUUUUUUAAUUUUGUAAAUUAUUUUUUAUGGUUUUCGCUUGUUAUUGGAACAAGUAAGCCAUCAUCCUCCUAUAUCAGCUUUGCAUUGUGAGCAUGAAGAGUAUAUUUUUUGGGCAAGUGUUCAGGUAAGAACUACUUUUAAGGCUACACAUCUAUUGGUCGAGUCUCAAACUAAGUAUCAUUUGAUAUUAAAACCUCAUAAUGAUCAUUUUGUUUGGAAUAAGCCUCAAACUCGUGUCCAUAAUAUUAUUUUUGGAAAAAUUUGGGUCGAGCAUAAUGGAGUUGUUGACGUAAAAAAUCUUGAAAAUGGUGAUUUUGCAAAAGACAUUUAUUUUUGUAUUUUUUGAUUUUUAUAUAGAAAUGUGUGCAAAUCUCCUCAACCUUUGCAAAAGUUAAUUGAAAAAGAACUGGGUGAUUUUCUAAGAAAGCUACAGAAGUAUCUGGAAGUGUGUAUGAUUGUUAUGGCAGUGAACAUUAUAAAUUAGAAGGAACCUGGAAUAAAGGAGUAGAUAUUGUGAAUAAUCGAACAGGAGAGGUUUCUGAAGCCUGAAGAGUUUAUCCAUUUCCUGAGAAGAAAAUUGCGUAA